AUGGCGGUUAUUGACGACUUUUUCGGCAAGAAUGCGGUGAAAAACAACAAGGCGAAGCGGAAAAACCCGUCGAGUGCAGGGACGGAUCCUGGACCUCCAGCAGUGAAAAAGCCGAAGGCCGAAUCGAAAGAGAUGAAGAAGGAGGUGAAGAAGGAAGGGGUGGACACACAGGUGUCGGCGGAAGACGUGUUGAAGACGAUUCCGGACGCGGAUCCGUCGUUGUUGGACUUGUCGCCGGAUGCGGAGAAGAUGAACUUCUUCCAGCUCAAGGCAAAGCAGAACGCUAACGGGUCGGAGGCCGGAGAACAGCUCGACAUCGACUCGAUCCCCCGGGGAAGAGAAAACUGCUUGAACGGGUUGACGAUUGUGUUCACGGGGGUGCUUCCGUCGUUGGACAGGGAGCAGUGCGAGCAGUUGUCGGCGAGGUAUGGGGCGAAGAUCACCAAGAGCAUCAGCGGCAAGACGUCGUUGGUGGUCAUUGGGAGCGACGCCGGACCGAGCAAGGUGAAGAAGAUCAAGUCGCUCGGCACCAAGUGCAUUGAUCAGGAGGGGUUCAUCCAGUUGAUCUCGCAGAUGCCUGCGGAUGGAGGCAGCGGCGAGAACGCGGUGAAGGAGAUGGCGAAGAAGAAGGAGCUCGAGAAGAAGGUCGAGCAGGACAUCGAGGAGGAGAUCAAGAAGGAGCAGGAGCAGGAGCAGGAGCAGGAGCAGGAGCAGGAGCGGACGAAGGCGAAGCCCCAAAAAAGCACGGGUGGGAGCACGUUCAGGGCGGAAAAGAAGGUGGUGGACAAGGACACCCAGCUCUGGACCGUCAGAUACGCGCCGACCGACAUGAAGCACAUCUGCGGGAACAAGGGCAACGUCGAGAUGCUCCACAGCUGGUUGUCGACGUGGUUCGACAAGAAGCACGACCUGAACGGCUCCACGAUCGACCACUACAAGGCGGUGUUGAUCAGCGGCCCCCCUGGGAUCGGGAAGACGACGGCGGCGACGCUCAUCUCGAAGAAGCUCGGCUACGACGUGAUCGAGAAGAACGCAAGUGACUUCCGGUCGAAGAAGGUGUUGAACGAGCACUUGAAGGUGUGUUUGGACAACACGUCGGUGUCCGGGUACUUCCAGCACGACGGCGAGUCCAAGAAUGCCGCCAACGGGAAGAGGUUCGUGUUGCUGAUGGACGAGGUCGACGGUAUGUCGAGCGGCGACAACGGUGGUGUGGCGCAGUUGGCGCAGUUCUGCAAGACCACGAAGACACCGAUGAUCUUGAUCUGCAACGACAAGUCGUUGCCGAAGAUGCGGACGCUCGACAAGUACUGCUUCGACCUGGGCUGGCGGAGACCUACGUCGAGGGAGAUGAAAUCCCGGUUGAUGUCGAUUGCGCACCGGGAGGGCUUGAAGCUGGACCCGAACUUGAUCGACAAGUUGGUUGCGAUCACGCAUAACGACAUCCGGCAGAUCAUCAACAUCAUGUCGACGGUGGCGCGGACACAGAAGAGCUUGAACUUUGACAACCUCAACCAGAUGCAGGACUCGUGGGAGAAAGAGGUGUCUUUGAAGCCGUUCGAUGUGAUUGCGAGGUUGUUGUCGCCCAACAAGCUCUCGAUCAACGACCGGAUCGGGCUGUACUUCAACGACAUGGACCUCGUCCCCUUGAUGGUGCACGAGAACUACCGCAGCACGCGGCCGGCGUGCGUCAACGCCAGCAACAAGCUCGACCACCUGCGGCAGUUGGCGAAGGCGUCGGACCUCAUCUCGCAGAGCGAUCUUGUGAACCAGCGGAUCCGCAGCGGCGAGCAGCAGUGGUCGUUGCUUCCGUUCCACGCGAUCCUGUCGACGGUGUACCCCGCUGCCGAAAUCCAGGGCCAGAUCACGGGGCGGAUCAACUUCACCAGCUGGCUCGGCCAGAACUCCAAGAAGAUGAAGUUUGACCGCAUGGUGCAGAACCUUCAGUACCACACGUGCACGCGCACGCGCACCAACAACGUCGACCUGCGUCUGCACUACGUGCCCUUCCUCCGAGACAGGCUGCUAGCCCCGCUGGCGAAGCACGGCGCCGACGGCGUGUCCGACGUGCUCGAGACCAUGGACGAGUACUACCUCACCAAGGAGAACUUCGACAACGUCCUCGAGCUCGCCGUGCACGGCAGCAUGAAGUUCGACGACGUGUACAAGAAGCUUCCCACCGCCGUCAAGAGCGGCUUUACCCGAAAGUACAACUCCUACGUGCACCCCACCAUCAUCUACAAGACCGGCGACUCCGUCGGCUCCAGCGUGCGUCGUACCCAGGACGAAAGCAUCGAGGACGAGGAACGCCGCAAGAACGGCGCCGACGACCCUGACGCCGACAACGACAACGACCAAGACGACGCUGCCGAUGAUAGCGGCAGCGGCGACAUCCUCAAGGACAAUCUGAUCAAGGAGAUCAAGCCAAAGGCCAAGCCUAAACCCAGGGCCAAAUCGGCCAAACAAGCCAAACCGGCCGCCAAGACCGGCCGUCGUCUGUGA